UCUAAAUCAAUCGUUUUGUGUAUGCUCAAUACUCACCUUAUGUUGAACUACAAGAAAUUUCAAUUUCAAUAUUGACUCUUUAAUGAUUCCCAUUAUUUAAUGAUAUGUUAUUGAGAAUUCCCAAAUGUAGUCACGAGAUAUCCUCAAAAAUUGAGAGAUAGUAUUUUACAAGGAAAAAGUAUUACUAUUUUUGCGGGGUUAAUGACACAAGACGAUGAACCAUGAAGUGUCCAGUAGAAAUAUAUCCACUGUCCACAACAAUUAAGGCAAAAUGAUUCGAUCUAGUGGUUAUAUGUAGGUGAUAUGUAUAUAAUUUUGCAUAUAACAUGACAAUAAAUCAAUGCCACUUGGUAAAAAAAGAAGUAUGAUUAAUUUGAAAUAGUUGUAAAUCUGAAAAUAAAUAAUCAACAUGAGAUGGUCAUCGGCUUUUGAUUGGAAUUUUCAAGUUUCACAUGAUGCAAUUUCUUACUAAAAUUCAGUGUCAUAGCAAAUGACUGGAAAUUUGAAUAAUUUUUGGAAUAUUAUUGAGAAAUUUUGACUCGAUAUCUGCCCGUGGAGACACUAUCAAGGUAAUCUCUCUGAGACUGGGAAACCUUCGAAGGUGGUAAUUUGAAUAAAUUAAUUUAUUAUUUUAAUUAUUAGUUCACAACAAAUUUAACGAUGUCCAUUUUACAGCCAAUUUUAUCUAAUCUCUAUCCGACUGACACCACUCACGAAAAUGGAACAGAUUUUCAGUUUCUUUCAUUGCACGCCACACGAAUUUGGCAAUGAAAAUACAAAAAAUUUCCAUAAAACACUAAAUAUAUAACGAAAUGGACACAGCACACAUUUCACCCAAAAACUGAACUUGAGGUAUGAAGUUCAACAGCAUUUUGGGAGAAUUAUGCAAUCACCCUGAUGCGACAUAUUCGAUUGCAUUUGGCUCAAUUGACCACCACAGUUAUCCUUCAGAAAAAAUGAGAAUGUGAGAAAUUAUUUCGGGUGAAAAACUCUGAUAAUCCCACUUCCAAGGGGCAUUUUUCGGCCAAGCAUUCACUUACUUUCUCAAAACCCCUAAAAUCCAAAUAAAACUGCAAAAUGUUAAAAUGAUAAUGUGGCGUUCAGUAUUACGAUAUUGGGGAUUUUGGACGAAGAGUUGGUUUUUCUAAUACUUGUCAUGGUAAAAGUGUGCAAAUAUUUAGAAAUGCUGCAUACUUUCAAUACACCACAAGUACUCAGUGGAAUGCUAUGUAAAAUUACUUUUAUUGCAUAGCAAGGACGACGAGUUUCCAUGCCGUAAUCUUCUACAAUCGCUAAAACAUUGUGUAUUACUACAGGUCCGAAAAUCUCCACUACUCUAAAGUUUACUUGAUGGAGCCCAUUGAGGAGCCAUUCUCAAUUCCAGAGAUUCAGUUUUUGACUGUGUCGCAUGGUGCUAGCAUCAAGUGUUGUGCAAAAAUCAGCAAAUAUCGCAACAUUUUGGCCCAACAUUCCACUUAGAAUAAAUCUGCAUCUUCAGCCAGGAUAAGCAGCAUGUAUUCGUGACAGAGUGAUAUUUUUUUUAACACAAUUCUACGCAUAUUUUACCUAAAGUGAUCAUUGAAAAAGGUGAGCCUAGUGGAGUGAUUUUUUCGAGUGAAAAUUUGGGAGCUUUUGCUGUUCAAAAAUUGCCCAGUGAAUUUUUCAUAUUAUAUAUAAUUGUGAUUUUUGUGGAUGGACAAAAUUUCAGGAGGAAAUUCAACGUUCCUCGCUAGCAAAUUUAAUUGUGAUUGUGACUUGUGUGUAUCGAAAAAGCCGCCAAAAUUGAUAACCUCACGGAAUACGCCAUGGCGUCUGGCUUUGUCAAGAUCGCCAUGGAUGAAUUUAAUUCCCAUACGACGAACAAUUGGACUGGACUCCUGAUGCGCUAUUGGACGAUAGUUGAGGAGGAAUUUGCAGAUGAUAGAGCCAAGGUGUAUCCGCUGAUGGACAAUCCACUGCCAACCCUUGUUCUUGUUGGUGCCUACCUAGCCUAUGUUCUCGUCAUUGGACCCCUCCACAUGCGAGAUAGGAAACCAUUUCAGCUUAAAAACACACUCAUUUACUAUAAUGCCUGCCAAGUUCUUCUCAGUGGAUAUAUGUUCUAUGAGCAUCUAAUGUCGGGGUGGCUCUUUGACUACAAUCUACGAUGCCAGCCUGUUGAUUAUUCGGAUGGUUACCAGUCGAGACGGAUGCUCAAUCUGUGCUACAUCUACUACCUGUCGAAAUUAUCCGAAUUUGCAGACACGAUCUUUUUCGUGUUACGAAAGAAGAAGUCCCAAGUAUCCUGGCUACAUCUCUACCAUCAUUCCCUAACGCCAAUUGAAGCGUUUAUCUUAGUCAAAUUCCUAGCAGGUGGAAAUGCCACAUUCCCCAACAUUCUCAACAAUUUUGUUCAUGUCUGUAUGUACUUUUACUACAUGGUAGCCGCCAUGGGGCCACAAUACCAAAAAUAUCUGUGGUGGAAAAAAUAUAUGACAGAAUUACAGAUUGCUCAAUUUAUACUCUGCAUAGCUCAUACAAUUCGUGCCUUGGUGUCUGACUGCCAAUUCCCGCCCGUAAUCUCAGCCCUGCUCCUUCUCAAUGCAUCCAUUUUCUUUGUCCUCUUCAUGAAUUUCUACAUCCAGAACUACAACAGACAGAAAGCUCUUGCCAAGAAGUUAGAAUAAUUCAAAGACUUUACCAUUUUAAGAGAAUUUUGUAAAUAAAAUAGUUUGUAGUGUAAAGUAUCUAAUUUUAUCAUAUAUUUUUUUUAAUAAAUAUCAUCACAUCACUCUAUCAUUGUUGCGUAUGUGAGUAUGUUACGAACGAGAAAUUAAUUUUUAGAAAAGAAUUUUUGCAAGACUUUGAGGUCCAUGCCUAGUCUAAAAUCAUUUUAUUAUCUCCAGGUGCAAUUUUUGACGAAAUAAAUAUUUUAUUGUA